AUGAACGUCACUCUCCGUACGUUUGGUCGACAAGCGGUUGUUCGGUUUGAAACCAAUGGACGAAUGCUUAAUUCCAGCGCUCACAUUGAUGGUAGGGUGCUGAAGGAAUGGAUGUCCUAUGAGCCUGACAUUUUUGGAGAUGUGAGCGGCUGCACACACGAGGGCACUACGUAUCUACCUGAUACAACAGCCUGUGUCGGCACAGCCACCUUAAUCACCUGUAGCGCAGCCUCCUUCCUCACCGUCUCUCCUAACAAUGACCGCUGCAUAAAAGACGCAAUAUGCACUGUGACCGCCUCCACCAUCAUUGACCACCAUGGCAACACCACUUCAGUGAAGGACCGCUGUGCCUACACUUUGUUUUCAGACACAGAUUUCCAGGUGUCGGGUGUUUUUAGGGAACGCCGUCGAAAAGAUGUAAUGUUUUUGAACGGUGUCAUUAUCCAUCUAAAUGAUGACGAUGUUGACAUCUACCUGGGACAAAGUGGCAAGGUUAAAGCCAACCACACUAUGCUCAACCUCACCGCUACACCUGAGGACCAUUAUGGAGUGAUGUUGUCAGAGGAUGAAACUGGUGUGAUGGCCAACGUGUCUCUGUCCGCCAACUACACCGUGGUCUUCUUUGAUGGAUACACGGUUCAGAUCCACACACCGAUGGGCAUAACGGCCACAGGAGUUCACACGAUGGAAAACCUGGAUGGGUUGUGUGUCAACGCCACUGUGCCUUUAACAGACAAGAAAGACAGUGUUCACAGCUCACUCGGCUGUGAGAAACAGUACAUCGAGCCGGACGACGAGUCCAUCAACUGCACCAUGGUGACUCAACAAUGUGAGACGUUGCACAGCGCCAGCUUCAAUGCCUGUCACGAGUACAUCAACCCCGAGCCAUACAUCACUGCCUGCACCAACACGUUGUGCCAGUACCCCAACACAGACGGACUCCGGUGCCAGUUUCUGGGGGCCUAUGACAAAGCCUGCCACAUGCUGAUGGACUACACGUGGGGACUCAAGAGCGACUGGAGGGAGGAAGCAUACUGCUCUCACAAUCAUACCUUCUGCAAUCACACAUACUGUGUUGAUCAUGAGUUCUGUGCCAGCGGCAUCAAUGGUGAAAUCAACUGCUUCUGUCGGGCCAAGUUUGCUGCUGAAUACAAAGAAAACAGCACUUUAGUAGGUGAUUCGACAAUGUGUGAGGACAACACUGCAACACUUGUUCUGCCCAAUUGUCUCCUGGAGGAGAAAGGCCACGACUACCACGACCUACACCUCAACGACGACACAUGCGUAGGUCAUAAGGACAUGGAACACAUGGUGACCUUCUCAUUCAACAGUAGCAGAAACGCCUGUGGAGCUGUGGUGACGGCCAAUGAAACCAUCGUUCUAUACAAGAACACCAUCAGAGGAAAGAACAUCACUAACAUUGUCUCUCAUUUUGAUGAGUUCCACGUGGACUUCUCCUGCUUCCAGUACCAGCCGGAACACCAGAAAGUGAGCUUCAAAAUCAAAGACAACUCUGUCAUGGAGCGCGUUAUUUCCGAUUCUUGGAAUUACACGCUGAUCAUGAAGGCCUAUAUGGAUGCUGACCAGGAGCGCCUUGUGCAGGAUCAGACUGAAAUCCAGCUGAACCAGACUGUCUACAUAGCAUUAGUAACAGAAGGUCUGGAUGACGACGGCGUUUCCUUGGUGACUGACCAUUGCUGGGCCAGCAACAGUUCAUUGGAAAACGGGCCUCUGAGACACAACCUGAUUACUGACGGGUGUGCCAGCCCUGAUGAUGACACCAUCAAGGUCCAGGUCAACGGAAUAGGAGUGUCCAACUUCUUCUCCUUCAACAUGUUCCACUUCGCCGGUGACAACCGUGAGCUCUACCUGCACUGUGAUGUCCACCUGUGUGUGAAGCAGAACCAGAUCUGUUCCCCGAUCUGCGGUGCUCCUGCCAAGAGAAGAAGACGCAGAUAUGUUGCUGAAAGCCCCGCCAUCAUCAGCAUGUCCUGGACCAAUUAG